GUAAAUGUAAAAUGUAAAGAAUUAAGAAUCUUGAAAAUAUGAAUUGAUUUGAAACGCAACAAACACGACAUUUAUACACGCGAUUUUUGUUUACGGUAUUAAGGAAUGAAGUCGAGGGGCGAAAGGACUAGUAUAUGGUUAAGAGUUCAAGACUGAUUUAUAUGUAAAGGAGAAAUAGUGUUUUAUAGAUCGAGCGAUCGAUCUCUUAGAACAGAGUAGAGUUUGUGCUAAAACAUGGGGAAUAUGACAUGUUGUAUGCCACAUUCUGCAAGCGACCAUAAUUUCGAUAGAAAUGCUAUUUUCUCACCGAAACGUGGAGAUGGAAGCAGCCUUGAUUUACCGCAUAUCAGCGAGAGAGAAGGUAUAUAUAUAUAAAGAUUAAAUGCAUUCAGGAUUUGGUCAGUGUUGAAAUUAUGUUGACAUGUUUUUAAUAUACACUAUGAUGCGUAGCCUGCUUUCAAGUGGUUUGACUGGAUAUUGUAUUACAAUAAUAUUUCACGUUUUAUUUAAGAUUUAAGCAACCACCAAGGAACAUUAUUUAUGCAGAAAUCGAUGAAGUUUUCAGGUACGUUUUUUCAUGCUUUUGUCAUCCUAAUGCACGUUUGUAAUUAUCUCUAGCAAUUUACAGCUUUGAAAUAGGUUCGGUUUAUUAUACCUGCUUGCCGCUAAUUAUUAAAUUGCUCUUUAAAUUAUAGCCUUGCAUAGCUAAGUAGUUAAAUUUACACUAUAAGGAUAUUAGAGAUGUGUGUUAAUGCUUUUUGUGCAUUUUCCUCAAUAUCGUACUGUAGUGCAUGCUGGUUGGGGAUUAUGAUGUUUUAUUUACUAAACUGGGGUCAAAUUCGUUUCUCAUUGUCUGUGUUAUACAAUGAAAAAGAUUGAUGUUACCAUUGACUGGCAUUGCACCCCAAUGUGCCCUAAUGGGUUUAAUCAAUGUUUGUCUGUAUAUUGACUAAGCAGUCUAAUAUGGACACUAAAAGGUCGUGAACAGCAAUGUGUCCGUAUUAGAGAAAUAAGUGUCAGCUAUUUUACAGCGAAGAGGUGUCUGUUAUAGAGAGAUGUCUGUAUUAGGGGCAUGCUCGCACUAGAGUGAUGUCUGCCUUAGAACUGCCAUAGUUAUGAGCUGCUCGUUAAUGUAUACUAUAAUGUAUACCUAUUUUGUCCUCACUAGGGAGAGGAAAACUGCGUGGAAAACGGGCAAUUUCUCUGAAUGUUGAUCUUCGUCGGAAGCAGAAUGGUGAAGUAUGUGAGCUAUAAUGUGAUUGAUGUGAUCAAGCAUUAAUAAAUAUUAACAUCACUAAACUUUGUUGUCCUUUAUGUUAAUAUUCCAGGUUUAUUACAACCCACGACUUUCAAAAAAGUGCAGCUCGUGUUCAACAAUCUUCCUUGACGACAGUACUGUUAGCCAGCCUAAUUUGAAGUCUAUGGUGAAAUGGUAGGUAUUGUUCAUUGAAUUAGCCGCUCAGACAAAGGCAUAUGUGGGUGCACCCCCCCCCCCCUGGCUGCUAUCUCAUCAUCAACCAUGCUUUGCUUAUCAAGUAGCCACACUCCUGAAAAUUCUGCAAUCCCUCCUGUAUAAACUUAUAAUAAUUAAUUAAGGCCACUCAUGGAUUAAUGCCACUCAUGACGGAUUAAUGCCAUCAAAAUAGGCAUAUUAGCAUACACCUGUAUAUAGGAAUAAAACUAUAUAAAGGGCUUUUAGCUGUAAUAAGUAAAAUAGAUCGUUUUUGACAGAAGUUUUUUCUUAUAUUUGAAGUGUCUCGGUUGCUGUUUAUUUCCUCAUAAAGUACAGGUAAGAAAAUAAAACAAUGUUGAAAAUAAACUUCACUCUUGUGUUUGUGAAGAAUUUAUUCAUUUGAAUGUGAUAUUGAUAUUCAACAUGUUACUUUGAAAUUGCUUUAUCAGGGAUGCAGAAACGAGGACGCUUGAUAUAUUUGAUGAAAGACGCCAUCCAUUAACAGUAAGAAUGGCUAACAUUAUCCUUUAAUCUAUUAAGCCAAAAUAUACUGUACCAAGGAAACAUUUUCUUCAUGUCUGGUAAAAUGGCCUGCAAAAAUUUUAUCAGCUAAUUACCCAAUAAGUUUGUCAUGUUACCAUUAGUUGGAGAUCUGUCACCUGUUUAAUUAUGGAAGUGAUGAUCUGUUUCUGUUUUAGAGAGAAUAUGUAACAGAUGAUUAUGACAUGGUGGAUCCAACACAAAGACAGAUUUAUAAAUUUAUUAAAACCUUAUUUCAUGCAGCACAGCUAACUGCAGAAUGUGCAAUAAUAACAUUGGUAGGAAUUAUAAUUAUUACACUCUGUCCUUGAUUGUCACAUGGCAAUAAAAUCUUCUGACUGUCCUGGACUCAGCGUCUCAGAUUCUUUCCUCAUCUGUUCCUUGAUAGUAGAUCUUCCUUUAUUCGUUCUCAUCUCUGGGCUUCUCCUUCCACUGUUCCAUUCAUUUCCAGUUCCAUAAUUUAUCUUACUUGCUCCAUACUCAACCUUACUUCCCUCACCUUUUCUGCAAUGUCUACCACUCUAUAUCUUCCAGUGUCUUCAUUCUAUGUCUCUGACCAGCUCUUCUUCAUUUCUUAUUACGUGUCCAUACAAUUUCACCCUCGCUUUCCUCGCCUUCUAUACAAUGUCUACCAACCCGCAUCUGCCGAACUCUUCAUUCCAUAAUGUCGCUGGCUAAUGUCUCCGAUUGGCUCUCCUUAAAUUUCUUAUUAUUAUGUGUCCAUAGCAUCUCAGCCUUGCUUCCCUCACCUUUUAUGCAAUGCCUACCACAGUGCAUAUUCUUCUAUCUUUAUUUCAUUACAUCUCUGACUGAAUAUCCUUCAUCAGUCUCUUCUUAAUAGAUGUCCAUGCCAUCUCAACAUUGCUUCCCUCACCUUCUCUGCAAUGUCUACCACAGUGCAUCUUCUUCUGAUAUCUAUAUUUCAUUACAUCUCUGACUGAAUAUCCUUCAUCAGUCUCUUCUUAAUAGAUGUCCAUGCCAUCUCAACCUUGCUUCCUUCACCUUUUCUGCAAUGUCUACCACAGUGCAUCUUCUUCUGAUAUCUUUAUUUCAUUGCAUCUCUGACUGAAUAUCAUUCAUCAGUCUCUUCUUAAUAGAUGUCCAUGCCAUCUCAACCUUGCUUCCCUCACCUUCUCUGCAAUGUCUACCACAGUGCAUCGUCUUCUGAUAUCUUUAUUUCAUUACAUCUCUGACUGAAUAUCCUUCAUCAGUCUCUUCUUAAUAGAUGUCCAUGCCAUCUCAACCUUGCUUCCCUCACCUUCUCUGCAAUGUCUACCACAGUGCAUCUUCUUCUGAUAUCAUGAUGUCCCUGACUGAAUAUCCUUCAUCCCUUCUUAAUGCAUGCCCAUGCCAUCUCAAUCUUGCUUUCUUCACGUUUGUUGCAAUGUCUACCACUCCACAUCCCCCAAACUCUUCCUUCUAAACACUGGCUAAUGUCUAUGAUUGCCUCUCCUUAAAUUUCUUAUUACAUGUCCAUAUCAUGUCAGCUUUGAUUCCCUCAUACUGCAAUGUCUACCACUCCACAUCAUCUUCUGGUCUCUUCAUUUCUCACCUAUCCUUCAGCCUAAAUAUACUGUACUUAACUAACUCUAUGUAUAUUGGAUAGCUCUAUAAAGGUCCCUCUAGAGCUCCAGUAAGGGCACUCCCUUGUUGGUGCAGUGUUACUGCAGGAGGAAGCCAAACUACCCAAAGAAAAUAUGCAGCAUUAGGUAGAGACAAACUGGAAUUAUUUUGUCACAAUUGAACCCUAUCCCUGGUCAUAGAGGUUUACUGUCGUUCCAAUUGAAGUGUUCCUCAAAUAUUGAUUCAAUACAUUACCUCGGGCUGACCAAUUCAUUUGAUAGAAAAUUGAUCAACUUCCUGCUGCUUUUAAAUGAGCCAAUUAGAUUUCGUUUCAGAACCGAUUGACCAAUAGGAAACGCACAGGAAGUAAAAAAAGAAUUGAAUUCGUAUGAAUUGGUCAGCCAGAGGUAAUGUAUUGAAUCAAUAUUUGAGGAACACUUCAAUUGGAACGACAGUAAAGACACGUGCACUAACUAUCAUACCAUCAUUUCAUAUUCUAGAUAUAUUUAGAGAGGUUAUUAACGUAUGCUGAAAUAGAUAUAUAUCCUGGAAAUUGGAAAAGAAUUGUGCUUGGUGCCAUACUACUUUCGUCCAAAGUCUGGGAUGAUCAAGCUGGUAAAAUAAAAUAUCCUUCAAUUACAAGAGAAUACACGUUUCCGGCCAGAGGUCGCGAAAGCAUUUCGAAAGUGGAGGGCCAUAGGCCAAAAGGGGCACUUUUUUAUAUGACCAAAAUCAAACGAUUUUAUGUCGUUCACGAGCCGAAAGAAAAUUUUUGACAUAUAGUCAGUCAUAUAGCAGAAACCACAUCGUUUUUGCCGAGCUUGGCUGUUUGGAAGGUUAUUUGAAAAAGCUUCAAGCAUUUAGUACAGUAAUCAAAUUCCUUAGCGCUCAUUCGUGGACUGAAAUUGACACCGCAUUGUCGAAUUUGUCCCAUCAUAUUUUCUAAAUCUGUCCACAUAAAGCUACAAUAUUUGGACAUGAACCUUUCAGCCUUUCCCGCACGUUGUAACCAAUAAUCUAUUGGUGUUGUAAAGCCAUUGUAUGCAAUAAAGUAUUGCAAUAAAGUAUAACCCUAACCUAAACGCUAAUCCUAACUAACUUUAAUCCUAACCCCAAAGCCGAUGACCUCUUCUGUUCUUCCGACCGUCUCCCCACGCUGGCUCGACCGACCUCCUUUUUAGGGCCAUUACAUUUAUAACUAAAACUUUUGUCCAAUGCUUGUGGUUUUGUCUUCAGUUACGAUGCAAUACUUUAUUGCAUACAAUGGCUUUACAACGCCAAUAGAUUAUUGGUUACAACGUGCGGAACAGGUGACCUUUUAUUAUGGCAGUGUGGCUGUAGCUAUAAGUAUAUACUCUCUUAUCCUAUUUCUAGUUUGGAAUGUGGACUAUUGCCAAAUAUUAAAAGACAUAACAGUUGAAGAUAUGUAAGUCUAAGAUUCAAUUUAACAGUAACGCGUAAUUGCAUGAAAAGCCAUUGCACAAAUUACCCAUUAUUUUUAGGAAUGAAUUGGAGAGGUCGUUUCUGGAGUUCUUGCAGUUUAAUAUCAACGUACCGUCAAGUGUCUACGCCAAAUACUACUUCGACCUAAGGUCGCUAGCUGAAGAAAACGAACUGGCUUUUCCCUUGGAACCAUUGAGUAGAGAAAGAGCUAAAAAGCUAGAGGUACUGUAAAUUGUCUGUGAGUGGAUUUCAACAUGUACUGUACUUAACUUUCAAUACCUACUACCCAUGGCCAUGUUCAUUUUUUCUGUAUGGCUUUUAUCAAAUAAAAGACUGUACUAUAGGUACCGAAAAUCGGUAUAAAUAAACACGAUAUCACAGAUGAAACUAUACAAUACCUUUGUUAGUAGAGUUGAACGAUAUUUCGAAUUAUUCUCAUCACGAUUAUCGUAUCGAAGGUAGAAACUUGAGAGCGACGAUCUAUCGAAAUUAUCAUCAGACAUCGUGCUCGAUGACUAUCGUGAUAUUGUUUCGUAUAUGUAAUAUGUGCAAACCUUUUAUACAAUACGAAAUUGUUAAAAAAGUCUUUCAAUUCCUUGGAAGAUCUAUAGUUUUAAAGGAAUUAAAACUAUUUUCUGCCGGAAAGCUUGCCACCAAUGGGAUGCUAUACGAAUUACGAUACAAAAGCUAGUAUAUUUAUACUAGUGGUCGCCGGAAACACGAUCAAUGUUCGGCAAACGAAAUGUUUUGCAUGCUAGCUGCAGCAUGAAUCUGACACCGAAGUGACCGAACCUAAAGAGAAAAAUACAAAGAGCGCUGCAUGGAGUUUUUUUGGAAUAAAGGCACACAAACCUGGACUACCAAUAGUCAAUACCAUCACGGUAUCAGAACGCAUAUUCGUGCAGCAAGGAAGGGAUUAUUGUAAAUCCUUUCCAGUAAUUUUCCUUUUAAAAAAAAUGGAAUAAAGUACAGACAUAUGUAUUAGUUAAACAUGAGUUAAACUCGAGCCGAAGGCGAGAGUUUGUAUAUCAUGCAGAUAAAGAUCAAUGCGAAUGUUUUAACGUACUUAAAAAAUGACGCAUCUUAUGAGUUCGAUGGCGAAGUAAUUUUUAAAAAUAAACAUUGUCAUUGUCUAAGCCGAGAAAAUCAGAGCUGAAGUUUAUGUAAAUCAUGACAAAUCUUUAUCCGAUUAGUAACAAACAUUGAUUAAACAUUCAUUUCUUUUGAAUUUUCUUCAUGAAUUAUUAAUUUUAAGAAUUGAUGAAAAUCAUGUAAUGAAGCAAGGUUUUUACUCGUUCAUAUAGUAGAAUAUUUACUAUUGAUAUUUAUUAAAAUUGUGUGGUCAUUGAUUUUAUUGCAUUUAUCGCGAUAUUAUCGAAUAUCGUGAUAAUUUCCUAGACGAUAAUCGUGAUAUGAUAAUUUUAAUAUCGCCCGACACUACUCGUUACUCUAAAUAUUUCUCUCUUUUCUCUAAUCAGAUACGUGUAUGACUGUGUUUAUAUAUACUGAACGAUUUUUUUUCGUUCCCAGGCGAUUUCAAGUAUCUGCGACAACAACAUGACAGAUCUAUCUCUACCGAAUUUAAAACGAACUUCAAGUCUUGACGCUUUGACGUCGAAACGAUCAAGUAUGGCCAUACUGUCAUGACAGCAACUUCGUACUACACUCGGGUCAUACUCGUAAUCGGUCGCCUCCGAAGGCAAGCGAAGAGCCUAGAAUCGUGGCAAAUGGCACGUUAUAAGCCGCUUCUACGAACACUGUUGGCAUAAGCUUGUUUUUUACUUCAACUUGUACAUCGUAUCGUAUCUUGAAGGGAUAUGCAUGUGGUAAUAAAAAUUCAGAUUGUCUCAUUUGAAAGAACUUUUAAAAUUAUAUAUAUGGCAAUCAUUUUUACAGCUGCGCGUAGACCCUACACCCGGAAAGGCGGCAAUAAUUACAAAUCCGUAUAGACUACUCCAAAUGCUGUAGUUCGCGAAAUAUUUGAAUCAUCAAUAACCAGUGAGCUUUCCGCCAUCUUGGAUUAUUGUAGACACAUCACGUCACAUGCAAAUAUUUUACCUAGACAUGCUAUGGUCGCAUGAUGUGCCCAUAAUUAAACUUCGGUCACUAUUUUAAGAAUGUACCAAUUGUUAUUUGGUCUAACCCUGCUUUUGACGUCAGCAAAACCACUGUGAAUGAGAUGAAAAAUUAAUCCAAGAUGGCGGACGGCUCAUUGUUUUCAGGCAAAAUGUGAAAAGCACGAUACGAAAAAUCGGUACAGGGAUUUUACAUAUAAUUUUAACAGUUCUAUCAAAUGGGACAAACUUCAUUUUUUAUUCCAUAUCCCUUUCUUUUGUAUCGAAGAGAUUAGUUUCACCCAGGUGGUCAAAAAAGAAAUACGUAUACCUUUCGAUACGAACUGUAGGGUACUGCAUGUGUUCAAGUGAAAAACAGCUUUACCUGGUGGGUAAGCUUUACUCGGGCUUGUCCACAGACUCUGCUAGAGGUUAUCCUAGAACCGGCCUCAGGAAUUUUAGCACGGGUUUGGUACAAAACUUAUGAGGGUAUAAUGUGGUUAAAUACACGACGCUUGAAUCUGGUAUACAGUGGAGAUGGUAUUAAAUUGUGAACAAAAGCAUAAAAUGUCCUGCAGACAUAAGUCGUUACAAUGUUGGUGUAUACAGCCAAUGGUUGUCCAAAUUCUCUAAUGGUCAAAACCCUUGGCCAAUAUGGUCGGCACGAAGCUCUAGGAAGAUGUUCUGUGAUUGGUUGAUUAUGACAAUGACAAAAGAAUAAGCUAUUGAAUGGAUUUUCUAAAGAACGAAGCAAGAACAAUAUUCCUUUUGUUUAUGUAAGCCAAUUGCAUCUUUUGUCAUUCUCAUAAUCAACCAGUCACAGAACAUCUUCCUAGAGCUUCGUGUUUACUGGGGUAAUAGAUAGGCCCUCUGAGACAGGCCUAGACAGCAAAAUCCAUGCAAGAGUGAAAAUUUUCUGUGUAAGUCAAAUAUAAAACGGACUGCAUAUAUGUAGAUUUCAGAGAACGUAUAUAUGGUGCCAUACAUUGUGAUAAGCUGCAAUCUCGGCACAAAACUAUCUCGACUUGCAAAACGCUUUUGGAAUUUUUAAAGAAGUAAAUUAUCGUAUUCCAGUUUAUAAGACAAGGUGUAAGAAAAAUUCUUGCGAAGAUAUUUUGUUAAACAUUUCCCAGCACUGACUGACAGAGUUUGGACGUCGUGCUGCGCAAAACGAGAAAGAGAUGUAUACAUGUCCAUUGUAAUUUCGAUUUUUGGCUAUCAUAGGACAACCUCAUGCUGAAUUAUGAUUAUUAUGUAUACUCGGUGUGUAUGCACGCAAGUAUAUAUACAGCUGUUUCAAAAAAGGUUGUCCUUCAAAAAUCUCACACUUUAAACUCUAAGCGCUCAAGGUGUGAUGGGUAACUUCUUACUUAAGGCCAAAAACUUGCGAAUUUCGCAUUGCAAGUAUGGCAAGAAGAUGUACAACUAGCAGUGUAGUAGGAUUAUUUGCCCAACCAAAAGCCUUAAAAAGAAGUUACCCAUCACUCUUUGCGCGCUUAGAGUUUGAGAUUUUCGAAGGACAACCUUUUUUGAAUUAGCUGUAUACGAUCUGAUAAAAUAUCAAUGACGAUUUUGAGACACUACUCUACAAUUUAUAGAUAGUUUAAAUUUUGUAAAUUCAAAAUCAGAUUUAGAGAAUAACAAAUGUGAAAUUAAAUUUGUG